UUUACAAGGGUCACUGUCCCAGUCAUUUCACUGCGGAAGUCAAACGGGUUGACCCAGAUAGACAAAUCCCCAAUUUGAAAUGCCCGAAAAAUUUCACCGCUAAUUAAGCCUCCGGCGAUAUAGCGGUUGACGGCGGCGAAGGGGAAGCGAAAGGUGGCGUAAGGACACAGGUAACUCUAGGAACUUUGAAAAAAUGGAAGCAGUGGCGGAGGGACUGUGGGGACUCGCAGAUUAUCAGGAGAAGAAGGGAGAAAUUGGAAAAGCCGUGAAAUGCUUAGAAGCUAUAUGUCAAAGCCACGUUUCGUUCCUUCCUAUUGUCGAAAUUAAAACUCGGCUUCGGAUCGCCACUCUCCUUCUUAAGCACUCCAAUAAUGUCAACCAUGCCAAAGCCCACCUUGAACGCUCUCAAUUGCUGUUAAAGUCAAUUCCGUCAUGCUUUGAGCUCAAGUGCAGAGCAUAUAGCUUGUUGAGCCAGUGUUACCAGCUAGUGGGGGCUAUUCCUUCGCAAAAACAGAUACUGAACAAGGGUUUAGAGCUUAUUUCAACUUCUGAAGAUGGAUUUUCUGGGAGGUUAUGGUACUGCAACUUCAAUUCUCAGCUAGCCAAUGCUCUUACAAUUGAGGGGGAUCAUCAUGCUUCAAUCUCCGCGCUGGAAAACGGCCUAAUCUGUGCAACUCAAAUGUGCUAUCCUGAGUUACAGGUUAGAUACAGCCUGCACAAUAUCUUAGAUAAAAUCAGUUUGAUGUUGCCUAGUGGCAAAGUUUUGAAGCUGCAAAUUCAGUAUUUUUACUGUACUCUUAUUCUUGAUCUGAUAUCUUUUUUUUUUUUUUUUUUUUUUUUGUUUUUUUUUUGUUUUUGCUUUUAAUGUUUCUUAAUUGCU